GAGCCAGCCUGGUUUUAUUUCACUGUGUCAAAUUGUACCUCCUUAUUGAAUUCCUUUGCCAGCCUACUUUGUGAAAGAAAACAUUGGGGUUUCUUUGGCUGUUCUUGAUAAGCCUAUAAAAAAUGAUAUGUUUUAGUUGCUUGUAGUUGCUGAAGUAAAGGAACCCUGCAGCCUUCCCAUGCUAUCUGUUGACAUGGAAAACAAGGAAAAUGGCUCUGUCGGUGUAAAAAAUUCCAUGGAAAGUGGGAGACCGCCGGAUCCUGCAGACUGGGCCGUGAUGGACGUCGUCAAUUAUUUCCGGACAGCAGGAUUUGAGGAGCAAGCUAGUGCUUUUCAGGAACAGGUCCAUCCAGACAAGAACCCAGGGAACAGGGAGGCAGCUGAGGAGAAAUUCAAACAAGUAGCAGAGGCCUAUGAAGUCUUGUGUGAUGCCAAGAAGAGGAGCGCCUAUGAUAAGUCCAGAGGGAACCCCAGCAACCUGGAAAACAGAGGAGAUGGCAGAGACAGAGAGCAUCCGGGAGAGGAAAGGUGCUUUCAGAAGCCACAGCGCGCCUUCCAGGAUGUCUUAGAUGACGUUGACCUCGUCUCAGGAGAUUAUUUUUCCAAUGGCCGCAAGGGUAGGACCAGGAGAUUCUGCCCCUCCCUCUUUGACGUGACUCCCAUAUUGGACACAGGAUUUUCCACGUUCGUAUCUCUGGGCUCCAGAUCAGGUACCCCUACGCCUGAGACAUUUGUACCCUUCGUAAGCAGUGGAAUGGGAAACUUCAAACUGGUCACCACCUGCAGCCAGAUAGUGAAUGGCAAGAGAGUUGUUACAAAGGAAGUGGUAGAAAAUGUAAGGGGGAAGACUGAAGCAGAGGAAGAAAGACUGUUAAGUCAGCUUUCUAAGCAUCAUCGGUAAGGAGUUCCUGCUGUGUUCUUUAACGGGGAGACAGUCACAUGAGGCUGGGGUGUCUCACUGCUACCAAAGACACAAUGAUGUGAAUCUGAGAGUGUUUUGAACUGGGAUGGACAGAGGUCAACUUAGUCCAAACCUCUCCCUUCACAGAGGAGAGGGAUAAUGGCCCAGAAACUACUAAGUAGCAGAGUAGAGCUUCCAGCCCAAAUGUUUCUAAGCUGAGCCUUUCCCUAACACACUAUCUGGGACAUAGAAGGAUGGUUGGUCUUUAUAGCAAAAUAAUAGAGAAAUUAUUAACUCGUGGUUUUCGAUAAGGCAUAAAAUCUCUCUGCCUGCUUUCCUGAGCAUUUUCCAAAAUCUAUCAGCCAGUGGAGACCAUCACAGUUAUGGCCUUCUGGGUUGGCUGAGAGCCCCCACCUUCAUAAAUACAUCGACUUCUCUUGGACUUUCUUUCUGCCCUACCCCAGGUGCCUCUUUCCUGGUGCUGUUUCUUCUCAUUUCCUAGCUGCUUUCGGCUGCUCUCUUCCCAUCUUAUCUUCCUUCUUCCUAUACAUUACCCACGGACCAUAUCACAGUUAGGCUCAAUUCAAAGAGUUGCCUAGCUAUAGAUUAAUGCUAGCAGAGAGAAAGAGUGAAAAUUGGUUAAAAUCUUUAUAUGCUCAUUUAUUUUAUUUUAUUGUUUUUCAAAUUAUUUUUUAGAAACAGAGUCUUAGUAUGUUGCCCAAGCUGGCCUUGAACAUCUGGGCUCAAGUGAUCCUCCUGCCUCUGGUAGCAUUUAUUGAGUGCUCAGUAGAUAACAGGAAUUCUGCAUUGCAUGUGGUAUUUCAAUAAUCCUUUUAGCAAUGAAAUACAGUAGCUAUCCCCCCAUAUAAAAUACAUAAGAAAAUGAAGCUUAGAAAGAUUAAGUAACAUGUCCCAGGCCCCACCUAAUAAGCAAUAUGCUUAUCUACUGAACUAUAACAUCUGUGGAUCCUACUCAUUUGUUUUUAAAUCGAGGGUCUUGCCCUCCUUAGAAAUGUAAACCUAUCAUCUCAGAACCUUUUUUCAAUGCUUGAGCACUUGCUGGAACUUACUAAGUAUGCAAACAUUUUGAAUUGUAUUGCCCAACUGAAAUGUGAAGGUUACAUUUACUUGAAGACAGAGUCAAUGUAAAAAGUUUCACUGAAGCUAAAAGAUGAUAAUCUGUGAACUCAGAAUCUCCAAGAUGCAAAUUAUCUCUUUGUUUUGGUUUAAUCAUGAUGUACAUGCAAAGUCUUGAGUUUGUUUUGUUUAGCAGGACCUGGUCACACUCCAGCCCCUUCAAUUUAUAUUGUUACAAUAAACAGACUAGCAUCCAAAGGAGUUGUACCCUGUUGGAAAUUUCUGACAGAGACUGCCUUACAACCCCCGUCUUUGAGUUUCUCCUCCUAAGGUCAUUGUAGUAUACCACGCGGAUGGUCAAUUUCAUUUGCAUAGCAAACACAGAAGGUAUGUAACAAAUUAUUAGCUUUCUUAAUUGAACUUUCCUGUGUGUGCAGUUUUUAUGAGACAAGUGUGUUUUUCGUAGUCUUUGACAUUUUUAAUCUCAGUAAAUUUUUUGAACAAAGCAGGAAUAUGCCUGCAUCCCUCUGGCCCUGGGUAACACACUUGCAGAAAGGAAGCAGAGGUGGAUUUGGAAUCAGAACACUUCUUGUUUCUUCCAAAGCCUAUAAAUAGUAGUCACCGAGGACAUGGUGGGCACUGUGCUGGGUGCUUACAUUAAUCGUUUCUGAUCUCCAAAGACCUUCAAGGGGGCAUUUCCACUUUACAUGUGAGGAAGCUGAGGCUGGAAGAGGGUUAGUCCCUCCCCCAGAGUCACUCAGUGAGUUGUGGAUCAGACAGUGCCCGGCUGUCCGGUGCUGUGUCCACCUUCCUGUCACUGGAGCCGCCCUAGUCACAGUCUCGGAGGAGAGUUUUGCUGUGUGCGUGUAUAUUCAUUUCAACGUUUCUAAAUGAGGAUUUCCAGAUGGCACUUUCUCUCACCAACCCCUGGUUUGAGGUAAACUGCAGCACGUCUACUGAACAAAAGGGAAAUCACAUUGGAGCAUGAAAACAUGAUUUUUCCAUUUUGUCUUAAGGAAAAUCCAAAUUUCAGCAUUUUUCACAGACAUACUUGGCUUUUGACAGAAUGCUGAGUUGUAGAAGGACUCUUUUUGUUGUUGUUUUUUUUUUUUUUUUUUUUUUUUGCCAGCAAAGGUUUUUUAGAAAUUCACUUUGAGUUAGCAAAGGAAGUUUUCUUGCAUAGAAAUAGCAGUGUUAUCUCUUGACGGUCUGUUUAAACUAUGUAGCAAGUCAAGUGUGAGCAACUAGCAGCUCUGGGAGCUGGGAGGGCAGUGCGGCCUGGUGGAGCGGGCUGAGUCAGUGCUGGGCUCCGAGUGCAGAGCAGGGGCCAGCUCGGAGUGACCGACCUGCACGCUCCUCUGACACAUGAAUGUCUCCAGCACUGCCACUGGGCUUGCCAGGUGCCAGAAGCUUCUCUGCUGACUCUAAAAUGUACAGGUUUUACCAAAGACCAAUCAUCAGGAUUGCUAGUUGCCUAAAUAUAAAAAAAUACCUUUAGGAUUACAAAAUCAGUUCCUAUGUCCUUAAAUAAUUUCUGCUCUCGCCCUAUUAACCAACUACCUUUUUAUAUAUUAUGGUUUUGAAUAGUUGUCACUCACAAGUUAACAUGAGACAUUUCAUUUUCUAGUAGCUAAAAAAAAAAAAAAAGAAAGAAAAAGGCUUCCAAAACUCAAAAAUACAGUGGAGCAGUUAGAAAUAAUAUCUUGUUCCAUUAGGUGGCUGAUAAGGGAACUGAGGACCAUGGUCCUGUCGAGAAUGAUGGAAGGGAUGAUGACAAGUGACUGUAUAACCCAGGGCUCAGGGACCCCACCCAGCAAGGGACAGAGGAGCAGGAUUCUCACCCGAGGUCACAGAAUGGGUGUCCUUCAGCCCCAGCCUGGCGCUGUGCCUCUCACACUCUCAGGUGUGCGGAGAGCUUUGUCCUCACGGCCUGGCGAGGUGCAGAGAGAGAGUUGGAGGAGCAGGUCCCUGGGGAUGGUGUAGGAGGGAGUCACAGUUGUAUAUAACUGCGGUUACACACUGUGUCCCCGUGUCUGUCAGUCACUGGUGAAGGGUGUUAGGUCUGGUGGAGGGUAAACAGGUAGCAAAGAGAUGGCUGAGGGUGGAGAGGAGGAGCCAAGUUGUAACUCAGAACCAAAGUGCAGGUAGGAGCUGUUCCCUGGUAGGAAUGUACCCCGUGACCUGUGAUGACCUAGCUCUCAUUACCAUCUCAUUAAACCUGUGAUAUAAUCUGUUAUGUAACCCCAACCUGUCUGUCACCCCAAGGCAGGAAAAAACAACCAAUCCUGCCAGGAGAAAGGCGGGACAAACUAAUGAGCUUGUAAAAGGCAGCCGUGUGCUCAGACUCUAGGUCUUUCUCCAUUCCUGGAGACUGAUCCGUUCCUCUCUCUCUGGAAUGUAUUUCACUUUGUGUCAUUCUGUGUAGCUUCCUCGUGCUCUUUCACUUUGUAUCAUUUCUUUCUUUUUGUUGUAAUAACCUGUUUAUGUGAAAAUGCUUUGUAUUUGUGUUCACUCCAUCAUUGGCUCGAAUCAACACCAGCACUCACUCUGAGCCAAGAACAGGGAACAUCCACCUCCACAUGGACCUAGCCAGGAGAGCAAGGCCCUGAGCAGAACACCCACCUCCACAUGGACCUAGCCAGGAGAAGUGAGCAAGGCCCUGAGCAGAACAUCCACCUCCACAUGGACCUAGCCAGGAGAGCAAGGC